AUGCCUCAUCUGAAGCAUGAUGAAAUCAUGAGAUUCGGCUCUCAGAGUAAAUCCUAUUUACAUCAAAUAGUGGCUGAUGCAAUCGUGAGCAAAGUUUACGUUUUUUGCUAGUUUACAAUGCAAAAAUCUCUUCCGGUGAGGAAAUGUUGUGAAAGACGCUAAAAUUUCACUUUUUAAGGGUCUCAGGCCUCAGUACGUAGUUUUUGAAGUCUCUGUUUUGCUUCGCAACUUUUUCAGUGAACUGGAACAUUUUCCGUUCCAUUGUUGAACAUGCUUUCCCCAUUUGAGAGAUGAGGUUUUUCCUACAUUUGUUUAUGACAUCCGGGAUUGAAUACAAUUUGAUUUUUUUCCUCUUUUUGCUGCAAAUACAUUCAGUUCCCUUUUAAAGGCUAGCUCCAACUUGCGUAACGACGUAGCUGAUCGAAUUCUGGUGAGCAGAAGAAGGUCACGACGUCGUCUAGAAGUGCUCUUUUCAAGCAGUUCGCUGCACUUCGAUUUUUGUCAUCCACCGACAGUCCUCAACUCUCGAAAUCAUUGAGAAUGGUUCAAAACUUGCAGCCAGGCGGGUUACCGAUGUUCUUAUCAAUUUCUGAUUUUCGCUGUUUCAGUAGCGGUCAAGCGGAUUCAGAAGCCGUGGCAAGUUCCGCAGAACUCGACGACGCUCCCACAAUUGAAAAUUUACAACAGUCUCUCCAGACAAAAAGAACUUUUUGUUCCGAAUGAAGGUCGUAGGGUUCGUUGAGUCAAGCAAUAUUUGAAAAGUGUGGUUAUUUUACAGGUAAAAUGGUACAUUUGCGGCCCUACAGUCUACGAUUCUUCGCAUAUGGGCCAUGCGAGGUCCUACCUUUCCUUGGACAUUCUUCGGCGCGUUUUCAUCGAUUAUUUUGGAUAUGAUGUCCAAUUCAUCAUGAAUAUCACGGACAUCGACGAUAAGAUUAUCAAGAGGUUCUUUUUUCCAAGCAAUUUAGAAAAUUUCCUGUGUUUCAGAGCUCGUCAAAGGUAUUUGCUGACUUCUUACUUGGAUGAAUCCAAAGAAGCUCCGUCGGUUGAGAAAGUCAUCACCGACGUUUUGGCCGCUUUGGAGCUGUUCAGGGUUAGUAUAAUCUUCGGAUUUCCUUAUGAAAUUGAAAAAAGAAAGAAUUUUUUUUAAUUUAAAAUGUUUCUUUCAGUUCAAGUACAACGAUGAGCUGGAUCCUGACAAGAAGAAAAUGUACGAAGUUUUUGGUGGGUGAAAAAUGUUUUUUUAAAGAAAUUUUUUUAUAUUUUUGCAGAUUCACAAGGUGCAAAAAAAUGUGCGGAUGAUUUGGAGAAAUCCAUGAUCGCCAAAGACCAAAGUGGAAUCGAAAGCGCCAAGGUUUUUGAAAGAAUUUGAUUGAAGGGAUAAAAAAAAUGAAAGUUUUUUGAUGAUAUUUCUUUUAUCCUUUCGUUUAUUAUCUCUUUUUUCAUAAUAAUUUCUUGAAAAUUUAACCUGGUUCUAGUAGGAUAUUGAUUUUUUUUUUUCAGUAUUUUUCCACUGAGUUUUGUCAUUCUAGGCUAUUUAGUACAAUGUACAUAUUUGGUAUUUUUCUGAAUUGAUUCAUAUUCUUAUUGUUUUGAUCUAAAAACGGAGGUAUCUCAAAAUGUCAAAUCAGCAUCGAUAGCCUCUUCAAAUUUCCCUUCCUCUUCGAAUUCUCAACUCGCAGGGACGUUUGUUGAAUGAGGCUCGUGAUGUUCUCUCCGAAUGGCUGGAUGCCACUCACGGCAAGGAAAUUCGAGAUCACAGUGUCUUCGACCAGCUCGCCAAGACGUUAGUUUCCGUUGAAUGCAAUCUGAAUCUAUUUCCAACUGUCAGCGUCAGAAAGAUGUUUAAUUUAGUUAUGAGAACGAGUUCUUCGCCGACAUGGCACGUCUUCACGUCCUCCCUGUUGACGUCUUGACUAGGGUCAGCGAAUAUGUUCCCGAGGUCAUCAAGUACGUCGAGAGGAUCAUCUCCAACGGCUACGCCUAUGCUUCUGCCGAUGGAUCUGUGAGUUUGGACAGCGAACAUUUUUUAUUUUAUGAUUUUUAUACAUUUCGUGCGAUGAUUCUUUGUUUCAUUGACACAUUUUGAGGUAUACUUCGACACGAAGGCGUUCGAGGCCAAUCCGAAGCACUACUACGCCAAAUUGGUACCGGAGGCCUACGGAACUGAAGUCGACGGCGAGGCGAUGCUGAAGAACAUGCGCGAAAGCGAGGGCGAGCUCAGCAUGGGAACUGAUCGGCUACAAGUGAUUACCGGCUCUUAAAAUUUUAUUCAGACCCUAUUUUCUAGGCCAAGAGAAGUCCCAACGACUUCGCGCUCUGGAAGACGUCCAAGGACGGCGAGCCGUUCUGGGACAGUCCGUGGGGAAAAGGUGAGAAGUUCGCCUUCAUUGAAGAUUUAUUUCUAUUCUUUUUGGUGAAACGAUUCCAAAAUGUCUUUCGUAGUCUUUAAAGAAUCAUCGAAGCGGAAAGUCGGUUUCAGCGCUAUUUUUUUUUUGAAUUAAUGCAUCGCUUCUACGAUUUGAAAGAGCCCCGCAUUCAAAUAACAAGAAGAUUUGAAAAACGAGAUGCUUUUUUUUCGUUUUUUUUUUUGCUGAUUUUUUGAACUUGGAAUCAUUUUUCCGAGCUUCAGGACGCCCUGGCUGGCACAUCGAGUGCUCCGUGAUGUCUUCCGCCAUCACUGGAUCCAAAUUGGAUAUCCACGCCGGUGGAUUUGAUCUCAAGUUCCCGCAUCACGACAACGAGAUCGCCCAGGUUCAUUCUCGUCUUUGAUCAAAACGGAAAAAAAAGAUUAAUUUUAAAAACUAUGAAAAUGGGAAUAACCAACAGAGAAUCAGCCUUACACGUUGAACUAAGAAAAAUGGGUAGUUUGAAGGAUUUACGGUAGAACUAUUUUCGAAUUAAUAAAUGACUUAACAAGUUAGUUUGAACCCUGAAGAGCUCCCUUGAGAUAAUACAUGGACCGACUUCAUAUCAAUCGAGUCUUGAAGUUAUAGAUAUGAAAAGCUCUUCGAGAGGUUUAUUAACCAGUAAGUUUCCCUUUGAAAAAAAUUCAAUGUAGUGGGUUUUUCAAAUACUCUUCAGCUUCUCACUCUCCAAAAAAGUUCAUCUUUUCCAGGUCGAAGCCCAUUAUGACGAUCCUCACUGGGUGAACUACUUCUUGCACUGCGGAACUCUCCGCAUCGCCGGCAUGAAGAUGUCCAAAUCGCUCAAGAAUUUCAUCACGAUCCGGUAAGAGAUUCUGGAAGAGAAGAUUCGUUUCGCAACGAUGUCGGUUACAGCCAGGCGUUGACCCAAUACACGGCGCGGCAGCUUCGUUUGUUGUUCUUGAUGCACAACUGGACUGAUGUUCUUGACUAUAGGUGGGUUUUUCGAGUGGAAACGGGAAAACCAGAGAGAAAGAACGAAUAAUCUAGAAAUUUGCUUGCAAUUUAAUCAAAAUAUCUUUUUAGAGAAAGCAUUUUUGAUCAUAUUUUUUUCGUUAAUUUCUUAAUUUCUAAUCAGAAAUUGAAAAAAAUAUCAGACUCUGUUCACAUAUAAUAUCUUCAAAAAGUUAGCCAUUAGAGAAAUAAUCCAAAUUUUAACUCUAUAAAACGAUUUUGGUCUCGAUUAUGCGAAACUCCAAGUUUGGUUGUCAAGUUAUGGGUGUGAGCUCUCGUAAGCAAAAAGGCAAAAAAUAAGCGUUUUGAUGGAAAAUUUUUGAAAUUUUUCAGUUUAAUAAAUUUUUUCGCAGUUAUGAAUGCUCUUGCUUUACAGUUUUUUUUAAAAAUCAUCAAGAGUUAGAAUUUUCUCAUUUCAUUAUUUGAAGGUAGUUUAAGUGAAAACUUUGAAAUUUUCUAUAAAUUUGAAUGGUCUAUGAGUUUUCUGUAAAGAUUUUAAAACAUAUUUUCUACCUCCGAUAUUCCUCAGUUUUAAAAAUGUGCAUUUUCGAAUAGGGCGAGUUUGUAGAAAGAUUCAAACUUCACACGAAAAUCCUUCUUUUUGAGUUUCUUUUGCUCAAUUUCAACGAUCUUAGAUCAAACUUUGUUGUUCUGCAUUUUUCUUUCAGCUUCCGUUUUCGAAGUUUUUCGCUUAUUUGUUAUUUAUGGUGAGUUUCCUGGGCCACAGGGAAACUUAACCUUUGAGUCAAAAGCUUUGAAUUUAAUCAUUUUCAUUUUUGGUAUAUGUUUUUCGAGUUCUAAUCAUUUUCGAAGAGUUUGAAAGAUUUAUGCUUGGAAAGGUUCAUUUUAUUGAAGCUCAAUUAAAAGCUUGAAAAAUAUAAUUAUCCUUUUUUUCAAAACCAUUCACGGACCGUAAAUGCUUGUGCCUACUACCUCAGACAUCCUUAAUACCGAAUGUUUGCUGAAAAAAUUUCGGUAAACUGUUGCAAAACGAAGAGGAAAACCAAACGGGAUAUCGCCUCGAACGUCAUUGACGUAGUAGGUAAAUACACGAGAUCGAGUGCACCUUUUUGUUUCCCUUCGCCCACUUAUUACAAGAUUCAGCACAAGCUCAAGUUCUAAUUUUGACAGCUUCCAGAAGUUUCCCAAAGUUAUAUUUAGCGAAAUUGAAUAAUUCAAUGAGCCGCUUAGUUAUGCACAACGGAUGCCCCACAUCUUCUGAACCCUUUGUCUUGGAACUCCACUCGAGUUUCUUUUUUCUUCUGAAACGGCCUGUGAAUGAACUGGAACCUCCAGUCAGCGCUACAAUUGACUGCGAUUUCCGCUUUUCCCUCCCAUCGCUGCCGAUUUUUUCCAUCUAUUUUUAGCACAUGUGCAUUUUUUCUUAUCACCCCGUGGUCCUCAAAUAAUCGUGCAAGAAGAAAACUCACGCAGUUUUCCAGGAACUCUGCGUAACCUUAUGUGAGAUAUGAUAGCGAUUUUUGGACGUUUUUUCAUCUCUUCAUCUUUUCAUCCCGUCGCAGCUUAUCGUUUCGUUUAAGAGUACAAGUUGUUUCACAUCCGCUAAUGAAAUUAAUUGGAUAGAAUUUACUCUUGCUCACCUUUCUGAUUAAUUUUUAUCAGUGACAUAUGAGUCACAAAUCUCUCAUGGCGUUUUCAAUUAGCUAUAGGAAAAGGUUAAGGUUUUGAGAACUAAUUAGUUUUUUUUUUUUUCGAAUCAUCCAUUAACUUUUGAGCUGUGGAAAAAUUUUUUAGAGUUGUUUAGAAAAAACAUGUGUAAAGUUGUCAGUCUGAGCAAUUUUUCCACGUGAAGAAGUCUAAGAAAAAAAAAUAUUUCACUCUGUUAGGUAGAGUUUAGAUAUACAUGUACAAGAAAGGAAAAAUUCGAAUAGGCUUAAGAUCGAAAAUCUUUCAUUCACUUACAAGCUCUGUGUUAUUGUAAAGAAAAUUUGUGCUUUGCAGAUUCAUAUUCGUUUACUGUAUUUUUUACACUGUUUUAAAUCAAUUUUCGAAAUGAAUCGAAUAAGGACAAUAAGGAUAAUGGGUACUGGUUAGUGUUCGAAUAAGAUUUUUUUUUCAAAGUCCUUUGGAAGUUCACUCCUUGACAAGUCCACGUUGAGUUGAAAAUCUGUUUUUAAUAUGAUUGCGCUUUUCAUUUCGCUCUUUCGCUUCUCGAGAGCGAUUGUUGGCCGCGAGAGUGUUUGUUGUGUGCUCAACUGUGUUACUAUUUAUAUCCGAGCCCCCAAUAACCUUCGACUUGCAUGUGUUCCGUCGGAAAUAUUUCUUUUUGAUUGAUGAAAACCACGUUUCCCGCAUCCUCCGUGCGUGAGAGUUCAAGUGCACCUCUUUUUGAAUUCUGAAUUUCGAUGCCUCCAAGGGGGUCUAUCACCUUUUCCUCCGUCUAUUUCUUCCUAUGUUUUGCCUUUUCUUGUCGUCCAGAGCUGCUGUCGCCUAGGGAUUCUGGAUAUUAAAACAAAAGUGUCUGUCUGUUUCAAAUAUCCCCUUUUUGCUCUUUCCAACUCAAAAGAGAAAGUGAUUAUUGAAAUUUUCCAUUUUUGGCUAGGAACGUCGCGAUCUUUUUUGUUUGCUCUCGAUUUUUGUCUUUGGAAGGUUUUCCUCGUCUAGGGCUUAACAUUGCCUCUUCCGUGGGUCCUGGUCGAUUUUUUGAGCAAUAUUUCAUCGGAGACUCGUGUGGUAUCUUUUCCCGAGGUUUCUCCUUAAUGGGUCACCAGUUCCUUGGCUUUUGCUCUCUUUGGUUUUCGAAGUGAAGUUCCGCCUUUCACUGACAAAUACGAAUAAUUUUAUCGUUUGCAUGAAAUUAGUUUGUUUUGUUCUCGUCUCUUAUAGGAAAUAUUUGAAUAAAUGCUCCAGGAUUUAUUGCAGUGACAUUUUUGUUUUCGUUAGCGUAGAAGCCUCGAAAUUACAUUUAUUCUUGGCCGUUUAUCGGUCCCAAUAUUCUAAAGUGCGUACGGAGGAUAUUUGGAAUCGCACUGAGGAUACUGAUUUUUUUUUUCACAAGCUUCGUCAGUAGGAAUAUAAUGUUCUCUCUAGGUUUAAAAGUUUUCUUCACGAAUAAUAUUUAUUUCUAUACGGUGGUAAAUUUAGUUGGAUAACAGGAAAAACAGAAGUUUUUUUUUCUCGUGGUAUCAUUUUCAAAAAAAGCGACGAAAUUCGAUAGUUAAAAAACUGGUUGAGGAAAAAUUCUAGAAGCUCAUAUAGACCCUGUAUAUGUAAAAAAAAAAGUUGAAGAUUCUACGUACUGCUCAAUUUUUUCAGUUUUGAGAGCUCCAGACCCAAUAAGUCAUAUAAUUAGAAGUUUCAUUAGCCUUCCGAUGUGUGUUCCCUGUGUUGAGUUGCAUUUUUUAAGAUUCGUUUGAUACUUAUUCCAAUUACGUAGACUCAGGUUUAGAAAAUCAAACUUCAUUAUGUAAGCGUUAUUCAAGACACUUUUGCAGACUAACUGUUUUCACAUUUGCGUUAUUUGAGUUCCUUUGGUAUUUUGAAAACAAUUUUCAACCGGAUUUUUUUUUCUUAUUUUUGACAUAUUUUCCGUUACAGUCCGUCGACAAUGGAGCGCGCUUUGCAGUUUGAGAAAAUGACUAACGAGUUCUUCUUGGUCGUCAAGGACUACCUCAGGCGGCACUACAAGCCCGACAGCAGCCAGGUUUUUCUGUACUUUGCGAACAGAACUCAUGAAUGACCUCUUUAGGGCUAUCAAAAGUACCAAGCGCGCGAGCUGCAGCUCAUGGAGGACUUUUCGAAGCUCAAGGCGGACGUCCACGACGCCCUCUGCGACUCCGUCGAUACGAGGACCGUCGUCGAGAAAAUCCGCGAGCUCAUCUGGCUCGGAAACGCCUACAUCGCUGAGAAGGUACACUUCGAAGACGAUUGAGGGAUUCGAAAAGUUUAUUCAGGAAAAGGAAGGGACUGUUCCCAACUGCCUGCUCCUCAGGAACUUCGCUUCCUACAUAACGUGGCUGUUGAAAAUGUUUGGCGCGAUCCCGCAGCAUCAGGAAAUCGGCUUCCCAGUUGACAGCGAUGAGUGAGUUUCCAGAAAAUAUAAAAAAUAUACGGACAAUUUGAGAAUUCGAUAAAGUUUUGCUGAUUCCAGAAAAAGAAAAUAAUAAUCUUUCAGUGCUGCGUCCUGCGGAAUCGCCUCAACCUCCAAAGAAACGGUGGUGAUGCCUUAUUUGACGGCGUUGGCCGAGUUCCGUGAGAAAGUCCGCAACAUUGCCAAAGAGCACAAGAUUGUUGGAAUUUUGGAGGUUCCAGAGAUUUUCCGAACGAACCACAAAGUUUGAUAUUCUCAGGAGUGCGACAGGUUGCGCGACGAAGUCUUGCCGGAGUUGGGAGUUCGACUCGAAGACCGAAGCGCCCAAACCUGCGUGAAACUCGUCGACCGCGACACGCUCAGAAGGGAAGCCGAACAGAAGGCCGCCGCCGAGAAGGCCAAGCAGGCGGUUCGUCGUCAUUUUUUUUUUCAUUCGAAAUCAAAAAUUACUUCUUCUUGUGUCAAUCAGCUCGUUUAGCUUCACAUUCAGGAAAAUAUGGCGAUUUUUAUUUAUCAGUAUGCGUAGAACGGGCAGACGUAAGAUAAUUUUCAAAAAGCGAACAUUUUGAGAAUGGAUAUUAGAAAAUGUGCCAUCAACAGCAGAAAUAGUGGUUUUCUUGUAAAAAAUCAUUUCUUUAAACAAAUGAUCAAAAUGUGCUGUUUUCAGGAAAAAGACCGGAAAGCCAAGGAAAAAGCUGACAAGGAAGCGGCGAAAAGAGUUCCUCCAACGGAGAUGUUCAAGAAAGGCGACGAAGCUGCCAAGUACUCGAAAUACGACGAAAAAGGCAUUCCGACUCAUUUGGCCAGCGGCGAUGAGGUUUGUUGCAAAGUUCUAGUGAAAAACUGGGAAACUAGAUAUUUGAGUUUACGAAAAUAUUUAAAAAACAAAUAAAGCUGACAAAGAUAGAACUCUCAGCAAAAAUGAAAUAUUUCAAUUUUUAUACUUUUCAGGUCACGAAAUCCCAACGGAAAAAGCUGGAAAAAAUGUGGGAAGCUCAGAACAAGAGCUAUCAACAACUGACGGCAAACGGCGUCGCCAAGUAG